AUGGACGAGGUGUCCGUUAAAAUAUCAGAAAAAUACAAGCGACAUACGAGAAUUGAUUUACCUUAUAGUGUUAAUGAAUGUAUAACUAGGGCUCAGGCAGUCAUCGACAGCGCUAACGCUUCUAAUUACUCCUGUACGUUCGAGAGAAACGUACUUUCAAAACUUAAGGAACUAAGGACAGCAAAAGAGACGAAGAAAAAUGAAAGGCGGCAUCGCCUCCAGUUGCUACAGGAGGCUGAGCAAAAGAGACUGGAUGCGAUAGCUGCAGCUGAAGAGGAGGAUCGAUUGAAGCAGCUGAGCGUGUCAGAUGUGUCGUACCCGAGCACAGAAGAAAUUAGCGCGCUAUCUCCUGACGAGAAAGCUGAUAAAAACUGUGAUAAUACGACUAGUGUAGAUGUUAACACUGAAUAUGCCGAUGUUUCCACUAACGUAAACUUGCCGUGUGUGAACGUUGCUACAGAAACUCAAUUAAAUAUCCUCCAGCCUAUUCAGGUGAAAUCAAACUACCCGGAAAGUAGUUUGCUUGAUGAUCCAGAUCCGUUACAGAAUUUAAAAUUAAGUAAUAAGAUUACUAGAAUGCCACACAAUGCUAAUAUAGAAACGUUGACAUUUAGAGAUUUUGAGCAUGAUACAUCCAGUCCGUUUGAUAAUGUUGAAUUAAAGACUAUAAAUGAUAUGGAACUAUUAGCUCAAGUGUUGCAAACUCAGAAAAAUUCAACUGUAAGUUGUCCACAACCAACUGAUUAUGCGCAAGAGCAACAAGGCUAUCCCAUUCCGAACUGUGCAUCACAGGCCCAGGUUGAAGGAACCUCAUAUUUACCUACAUCAUACUUAGAACAGCCAAUUCAAGGUCCUAGCGUGAUGUAUAAUUCACCGCAACAUUAUUCCAUGUCUAAUGGGUAUUACAUACCCACAGAGACUGAUAAUGUCAAUGCAUAUAUGCCAAAUUAUCAAUAUUAUGUUCCCGCUAACCCAUAUUCAACCGUAGAACCAUAUUACACUGGCCAGUUACCAGUAACAUCAGAUAUCAGUCAAGCACCAAAUGGUUCUUCAUACAUUCCACAACCUUACUAUUAUCAGUAUCCACAUGUGCCCGUUCAGUACCCGUUACCAGAUGCACCAGUUUAUAAUACUCCCAUACCAAAUGAAAAUACUGAACUGCCGGUAGCAACAUCACAAAAUACAGUGAAAUCACGAUCUCGAAGUGUACCAGAUAUUGUUAGAGAAUUAAAUGAAGAAUUGGCCAAGUUGAGAAUGAGUGAAAGGUCAUAUAAUGCUAGUCCAGCUCCAAAAAAUACUCCGCAGUCGCAGGUGACACAACCCCAACCAUCAACAGCUAAUAAGAGAGAAGACAAGACAAGUAAAAGGAGAUUAGAAAAUUUGCCCAAUCCAUUUGAUAAGUUGCCUUUGAAGACACAAGAAAUGUGCAGACAAAUACAUGGGAUGGGUUUUCCGAUUGACAGGGUAGCUAGAGUUUGUACUCUUGUAGGAGAUAAUGAUAAGAAGGUCAUCGAAUGUCUGCUAAUAGUCGGCGAACUCAUGGAUCUGGGCUUCUCAGAAGACAAGGUUUCGGCAGCGCUGGUCAAACAUCAGUUCAACAGGGAUCAGGCCUUGGACGAGCUGGUCUCGUAA